GGAAGUAGCACUUAUAUUUCUGCGUGGCCUACCCGCCGCCGACUUGACGCUUUCACAACAACACUACACGGCGUCAGUGACGGUCGCUCUCCGCUACACAGCUGACGAAGAGGCAGCGCGGGCCCAGCUGGGACUGUAGCAGCUCUACCUAUGGAAUAAUUUAUUUUGGGGAGAAAACACGUCUGCCAUAUUUUAAGGAGUGUUGUCAGCCACGACGACGACGACGACGACGAUGAUGAUGAUGGUGGUGGUGAUGAUGACGACGAUGAUGAUGAUGAAGAUGGUGAUGACGACGAGCUGUCAGAGGUUCAGCUCAUGAUCGGGAGCCAUGAAGCAGCCAGGGAAGUGACCUCGGGGGAGUCUGGGGUGCUGCACGCCGGCACCAUGGCAUCCAAAGAGAGGCUGUAUGAGGUCUGGAUGCUCUACUACACGAAGAGGGAUCCAGACUACUUGAAGCUUUGGCUGGAGAUUUUCAUCAGCUCCUACGACCGAUGCCUGGAUGUGGACUUUGAGAAGCCUCCAUCGCGGCCAGAGGAGGUUCCCCCCGUGUUGACCCUCCUCCCGGACAACAUCCUGCAGGUUUUGCGCCACCAGCUGCUGCAGUGCGUCCAGAAAGCCUCCGAUGGCCUGGAGCCCGAGCAGCAGAACCUGGCUCUGCUGCUGCUCAAGUUCCUCAUCAUCAUCUGCAGGAACCUGUCCAAUGUGGAGGAGAUUGGCACUUGCUCUUACAUCAAUCAUAUCAUCAACAUGACAACGCUCUAUAUUCAGCAGCUGAAGAGCAAGACCAAAGAGAAGGAGAUGGCCGACCAGAGCCAGGCGGAGGAGUUUGUCCGUCAUGCGCUGGCAUUCUGCGAAAGCCUCUACGACCCGUACCGCAACUGGAGGCAUCGAACUUCCGGGGAGCAGCUGGGCACAGUAGAGCGGAGCAGACAGAAGUACAAGUCAGCGCCGCUCACCGUCGAGUUUGUUCCCUUCUUUUACCAGUGCUUCCAGGAGAGCGAGCACCUGAAGGAGAGUCUGAAGUGCUGCCUGCUGCAUCUGUUUGGAGCCAUAGUAGCUGGUGAUCAGAGGAACGCCCUGCUUGCCAUCUCUCCAGCCACCAUGGAGGUGUUGAUGCGGGUGCUGGCCGACUGCUCGAUGGGCAGCUGCCCUUCGGACGAGGGCGAGGACUGGGACAGCGAGGCCCCCGACCGGAAGGCGCUGCUGACCCUGGGCUGCCUGCGAGAGGUGGUGCAGCGCCUACUGGCCUCCAGCUCGGAUCAGCGGCAGGUGGAAAUCGCCUCGGUGCUGGAGAACUACUUCAAGCUGCUAAACUCAGACCCGGCGGCUGUGGUUGCCACCCGGCAGCAGCAGCAGCAGCAGCAGCAGCAACAACAGCAGCAACAACAGCAGCAACAACAGCAGCCACAACAACAGCAGCAACAACAGCAGCAGCAACAGGCCAAGGGGCGAGUGCCGACACUGGGCCGACACUGGGAGAGCCGAUUUGUGGCGCUGCAAGUACACAUGCUCGACACCAUCAGGGACAUGUUCCUGUGUUCAGACAGGCCCGUUCUACAAGCCAUCUUCCUCAACAGUAACUGUUUUGAGCAUCUGACUCGACUGCUGCAGAACAGCAAGCUGGUUAAUGCUAGGUGCACGGCGGCAGACAAGGACCAGAAAGAUAUAACCAACAACAGGUUACUGACAGCAGAGAGGGACACUCAGGUGAUUCAAGGGCGACUAGACUCCCUCGCUGUAGCAACCAUCAAAGCCCUGACAACAGUGAUGCAUAAAUCACCAGCUGCAAAGGAGGUAUUCAAGGAGCGGAUUGGUUAUAAUCAUCUGUACGAAGUGCUCAUCUCACUCGGCCAACCAUCGCGACACCUCCUCAAAGAGCUGAUGAACAUGGCGGUGGAGGGCGAGCACACCUCAGUGGGGCUCCUGGGCAUAAGUAACGUGGAGCCCUUGCUACUGCUGGUCCAGUGGCUCCCGGAGCUGGACUCGUCGGAGCUGCAGCUCUUCGCGGCCGAUUGGCUCCGCCGCCUCAGCUGCCUUAAUCGACAGACCCGCGCCACCUGUGUCAAUGCCACCAUGGUCAUGCGAGCGCUGGCCGCCCUGGAACGCCACCAGCGACUCCAUCGAGCUUGUGCCGAGAGCCUGCUGGGCCUUGUGGGCUCACUGGGCUCCCAGUCGCUGAGUGCCAGGGAGCUGCUGGGGCUCCUGCGCCUUCUCAGGCCCCCAGAGUCCAGCCAAGCGCACCCCUACGUAGGUCCUGCCCUGAGAGCCCUCCUGGCCGUGGUACGCAAACAGGGCUUGGAGAGCGCCAUGCAGUACUUUGACCUGUCACCCAGCAUGGCAGGCAUCGUCGCACCCACAGUGCAGCGCUGGCCAGGCUCUGCCUUCAGCUUCCUUGCCUGGUUGUCACUGGACCAGGACCAGUUGGGCCCGACCAGCAAAGACAAGAGAAAACAGCUCUACAGCUUUUUCACCCCGGGUGGGACGGGCUUUGAGGCCUUCAUCAGCUCCGCCGGUGUGCUGGUGGUGGCUGUGUGCACAAAGAAGGAGUACGUCACCGUCAUGCUGCCCGACUACUGCUUCUGUGACUCCCUCUGGCACAGCAUCGGUGUGGUACAUGUACCAGGAAAGAGGCCGUUCGGACAGAGCCUUGUCUACAUUUAUGUUGACGGACAGCAGAAACUGUCUGCCCCUCUCAAGUAUCCCUCCAUGACAGAGCCCUUCACGUCCUGUUGCAUCGGCUCGGCGGGCCACCGCACCACGACGCCCCCGCCCUCCCAGAUUCCCGACCCUCCCUUCUCGUCCGCCACCACGCCCACCACUCGCUCCUCGCUGGGUGCUAUCCUGUCGCCGCAGACCUGGGGCGGACUGCUGGGGGGGAAGCCCGAGUCCGUGACGAAGCUCAUCUCUGCAGGGACACAGGACAGCGAGUGGGGGAGCCCCACAUCCCUGCAGGGGCAGCUGGGGAGCGUCAUGGUGUUCCAUGAACCCCUGCAGCCCAAUCACAUUAAAGCCAUCUGCGGUUCUGGUCCAAACUGUAUCUCUCCAUUCAAAGCCCAGGAGUCAGAACUCGGUGACCUUUCAACCAAACUGCUGCUGCACUACUCGCCCAAGGCUUGUAGGAACCCCAUCUGUCUAGAUCUGUCUCCGAACAUGCUGCACGGACGCCUGACUGGCAACAAAGUCGUCAACUGGGAUAUCAAGGAUAUGAUCAACUGCGUGGGCGGCCUGCCAGUGCUCUUCCCGGUACUGGAGCAGUUGGCCCUGGUGACCCCGGACCAACACGGCAGCGAUCCUGCAGCCGGGUCAGAUUUCAUCACCCCAGACGUCACCACGCCAGCCGAUGGAGACUGGGUCAUUCUCCCAUCCAACAGAGCUUCAGAGGCUCGUCUGGAGAAGAAUCUGGUGGCCACCUUCCUGCUGGUGCUGAAGCACUUCCUGCAGAGACACCCGAUCAACCAGGAGAAUCUGCUUCACUCACACGGCGUUGGGACAUUGGGGGCGCUGCUUCAGAAGCUGCCGGUGGGUCACGUGGACGUCAGCGUGCUCGUUGCUAUGCAGCUGCUGAUCGAGCAGGUGACGUACGAGAAGAACCAGGCUCUGCUGCAGCAGCUUCACACACAUCUGCUGUUCAAUUUCAACAUCUGGAACAAGGGAGACUUCCCUCUGCGCAUUGGUCACAUCCAGUACAUGUCCACUGUCAUCAAGGACAACAGGAAACAGUUCAGGAAAAAAUACGGAGUCCAGUUUCUGUUGGACACCAUACGCCUUUAUUACGGGAAGAACAGCAUUAAAGACGGGGAGCUGAGUGAGGAUGACGUUCGUACCAUCAGGGCUUCUCUCUGUGGCCUCGUCAAGUACUACAUCAGCAAGGGCAUGUCGCAGGAGGAGAUGCACAGCAUUCUGGGAUACAUCGCGGCCAUCGGAGAUGAGGACCAGCUGUGUGGCCUGCUGGAGUUGUUGCUGAGCCUUUUCCAGAGCAGUCCGGCCCGGGACCAACUCUUCCUGCUGCUCUUCGAGCCCGGAGCGGCCGACUCCUGCUACGCUCUGCUGCUGAAUAACAAACACUCGGACCGACUGCGAGAGCUCGUCUUCAAGUUGUUUGAGCGCAUGUUGCGCUGCGACCGCGUCUACGACAGGAACAAGCAGCGUCUGAGGCUGAGGGAGGCGGGCUACUCUGGCCUGUCGCUGCUCUUCUCCGAGCUUCACAUCACUCCAACCCUCGUCCGCUGUCUCCUCAACCAAGUCCUCCACACAGAUCAAGUGGUGAACUACAAGGACCUGAUGUCUCUGGUGCAGCUCACCCACCGGGCCGGAGCCGCCGUGCGCCUCAUCGUCUGCAAGAGGGUUUACCAGCUGCUACAAUCGCAACAGGAUGCUGCCGUGCAGAUCUCAAAGCAGCAGUGUUGGCAGGACACGCUCAUGCGGCUGUACCUGCGGGGUGACGGGUCCUUGGCUCUGCGCAGCGCAGACACCGUCAGCGCCUGCAGCCUGGAUCUCAGUCGGCACAGCGGCAGCAACCGCCUGGAGCUGCCACUGGAGAGGAGGUCGCGGGCGGGCAGCGCUUUCCGCAUGGAAGAUGACCGGCUGAGCAUCGGCGACGCGCGCUCCAUGGACAGCCUGGAGAACGGCGACGUCAUCUCGCUGCUGGACACGCCGUCUUCCUCCGCCUCCACCGAGCCACAACCCCAAGUCAAGCCCUGGGUGGUGGGGAAAUCGGGCGGCCUGAUGCUGGACCUGUCCCACCUGCAGGCCUACGAGGGCACGGAGAGCGGCAGCCAAACGCCCGGGAGCGCGCCCAGCACGCCGUCGCCACUGGAGACUUCAAAGCCCUUCCCAGGAAGCUCUGGGGAUCGAGAUGCAAAUUCUUCCCUGACUGAAGACAGCUUCCUCUUCAGCGACAACAUCUCACUGGGGGAAUCCUUCAACAAUGCUGAGCGGGCAGAGGAGGAGCUGUGCAACAUGCUGCUGGAGAUCGUGCUUUGUGUGAUGUGGCGCGGCGUGGAAGGUUCGGACGACUCGGCGUGGCUGGAGCGGGGCCAGGUCUUCUCAGCGCUCACCAAACUGGCAACUGCCAACGAGCUGCUGCUUCCCGUCGACCAAAUCAAACUCAGUCUAAUGGAACGUAUGUUGGAGUGGGCGGUGAGCGACAACCGCGAGGCAUCAGCUGCCAUGUUGCCACAGCACACAGAGAACGCCGUGCGGCUGCUGCACAUGGUACAAGACUUCCUGCAGGCGGAGGGCCUGGUAAACCCUGCGCUGUGGACGGAGAAAGUGUUGGAGGAGACGGUGACGCUGAUGGACAGCCUCAUGGUGUGGUACUCCUCCGGCUCCCAGUGGUUCCAGCUCUCCCAGGUGGGACUGAGGCUGCUGCUGGGCUUCAUGGCCCAGGAGGACCCGGAGGUUUGCGCCAUGGCCACGGCCAAGCUCAAUGGCAUCCUGCAGACGAAAGAGGUGUCCUGCCAGGAUGAGGCCUGCUACAUGCUGGGGAAGGUGGAGGGCAUCCUGCGGCGCUCCGUCCAGGAGCAGACGGACGACACCUACUCCUUCCUGGUUCCUCUGCUGCGGACGCUGCUCUCCAAAGUCCACCGUCUCCUCUACAUGGAGCUGCACCUGCCGCAGCUCCCUGACACCAACGGCAGCCCGUCCUUCUUCGAGGACUUCCAGCUGUACUGCAACUCACCCGAGUGGCGAGUAUACCUCGACAAAUAUAUUAUUCCAUACAUGAAGCAGUAUGAAAUCGAAACAUUCAGCCAGGGCCACGAGACCAUGGCUCUGUACUGGAAGGAAUGCUACGAGGCCUUCAUGGUCAGCCUGCACAGGAGGGAGAGGGACCGGGGCGAGAGCAAGAUCCGUUUCCAGGAGCAGUUUGUGGAGCCCUUCUCUCGCCGGGGCCGCCAGGAGAACCUGCGCUACAACAGCAUGUUGAAGCAGCAGCACAGCCAGAACAGCGCCACCCUCAGGCAGUGGAAGGCAGCACGGCGGGGUCUGGUGUGCGAGAGAGGACCCUGGGCGGACAGGCAUCAGAAUGAGAUGCACUGGCGCGUGUCCAGUGCGGAGAACUUCUCCCGCAUGAGGUUGAAGCUUGUCCGCAAUUACAACUUUGACCCUCACCAAGAGGCCAGCGCUCUGAGAGACAACCUGGGUGUCCACCAUCAGCGCGUAAACCCAGACUCUCUGCUGCUGGAGGCGGUGAAGCAGGUCAAAGUCAGCGACCUGGAGGACGACAUCCUGGAGCUGCCGGAGGACGACCCUGCUGCCGCCAACAACCAGGCUGAAGCGGAGGAGGCCGGCCAGAAGGAGAAGCUGGUGCUGUGGGAGGACUGCGAGCUGGUGACGGUGGUGGACGUUGUGCCGGGACGCCUGGAACUCACCACCCAGCACAUCUACUUCUACGACAGCAGCCAGGAGAAAGAGGAAGGAGUGGGCCACGACUUCAAAUGGCCGCUGUCUCAGAUCCGAGAGGUUCACCUGCGCCGGUUUAAUCUGCGCCGCUCCGCUCUGGAGAUCUUCCUCAUCGACCAAACCAAUUACUUUCUCAACUUCAAGAAAGAGGUGAGGAACAAAGUCUACAGCCGCAUGUUGCUGCUGCGAUCGCUCAGCCUGUAUGGAACCCGCUCGCCGCAGGAGCUGCUCAAAGCCUCCGGACUCACACAGAAAUGGGUGAACCGGGAGAUUUCCAACUUUGACUACCUGAUGCAGCUCAACACGAUCGCGGGCAGAACGUACAACAACCUGGCUCAGUACCCGGUGUUUCCCUGGAUUCUUGCCGACUACACCUCGGAGGAGCUGGACCUGUCCGAUCCGCGUGUGUUCAGGGACCUGUCAAAGCCGGUGGCCGCGCUCAACGAACGCAACGCCAAGGCUGUGAGAGAGAAGUAUGAAAGUUUCGAGGACCCGACGGGAACCAUCGACAGGUUCCAUUAUGGGACCCACUACUCAAACGCUGCCGGCGUGAUGCACUACCUGAUCCGUGUGGAGCCCUUCACCUCCCUGCACAUCCAGCUGCAGAGCGGACGGUUUGACUGCGCCGACCGGCAGUUCCACUCCAUCCCGGCGACGUGGCAGACGCUCAUUGACAACCCCAACGACGUCAAGGAGCUCAUCCCUGAGUUCUUCUACUUCCCAGAAUUCCUAGAGAACCAAAACGGCUUUGAUCUGGGUCGCCUGCAGAUCUCCAAAGAUCGAGUGAGCGACGUCAUACUGCCCAAAUGGGCCAAGUCCCCCGAGGAUUUCAUCCACAAGCACCGCAAAGCCCUGGAGUCGGAGUACGUGUCAGCUCAUCUUCACGAGUGGAUCGAUUUGAUCUUCGGCUACAAGCAGAGGGGCCCGGCAGCGGUGGAGGCCCUCAACGUCUUCUACUACUGCACAUAUGAGGGAGCAGUGGACCUGGACGCCAUCACUGAUGAAAAGGAGCGAAAAGCUGUGGAAGGAAUGAUCAGCAACUUUGGGCAGACGCCCUGCCAGUUACUCAAGGAGCCGCAUCCGGUGCGUCUGUCUCAAGAGGAUGUGGAGAAGAGGAGAGCUCAGCUGGACUCGUGUCCCCUCAGCAUGUUCGAACACCUCGGCAACCUCAAGUCCUUCUUCGUCGAGGGCAUCAGUGACAAAGUGCCGCUGGUUAAAGCCAUGGUGCCAAAGAAUCAGUCCCAUUCCUUCAUCACCCAGGGAAGCCCCGACACUAUGGUGACUGUGAGUCAGAACUGCCUGGUCGGGACCCAUGGGUGGCUGCCGUACAACAAGAAUAUCUCCAACUACUUCACUUUCAUCAAAGACCCGACAGUGUCCAACACCAAGACCCAGCGUUUCCUGUCGGGACCCUUCGCCCCCGGCGUGGAGGUAACGACGGGCCUGUUUGUGGUCUCCCACGAUGGCAAGUUGCUCUUCAGCGGCGGCCACUGGGACAACAGCCUCCGGGUCACGUCCCUGGUCAAGGGCAAGACUGUGGGGCAGCACAUCCGACACAUGGACAUCGUGACCUGUUUGUCAACCGACCACUGCGGUAUCCACCUGAUCUCCGGCUCCAGAGACACAACUUGCAUGGUGUGGCAGGUUCUGCAGCAGGGCGGAUCUCCUGUUGGUCUGUGUCCCAAACCGGUUCAGGUGCUGUACGGACACACGGACGAGGUGGUUAGCGUCAGUAUCAGCACAGAGCUGGACAUGGCUGUGUCAGGAUCACGGGACGGGACGGUGAUCAUCCACACGGUGCGGCGGGGUCAGUACAUGCGCUGCCUGCGACCGCCCUGCGACAGCUCGCUGCCGCUGUCCAUCCUCCACCUGGCCGUGUCCUGGGAGGGUCACCUGCUGGUCCACACCUGCCUGGAGGGCAAGGCAACGCUCAAGGAUAAAAACGCCCUUCAUCUUUACUCCGUCAACGGGAAGCACCUCUGCAGCGAGCCUCUGAAGGAGCAGCUCACCGACAUGUGUGUCUCGGGAGAGUACGUGGUGAUCGGCAGUGAGCAGGGAUACCUGUCCAUCCGAGACCUGUACAGUCUGUCUCUGUGCACGGAGCCCAUUGCCAUGCGGGUUCCCGUGCGCUGCGUCUCCGUCACCAAGGAGCAGAGCCAGGUCCUGGUUGGCCUGGAGGACGGCAAGCUGAUCAUCGUGGGCGUGGGCAAGCCGGCGGAGAUGCGUUCGGGCCAGAUCACACGGAAGCUGUGGGGCUCCAGCAAGAGACUGACCCAGAUCUCUUCAGGGGAGACGGUCUACAACACCCAGCACGACCACCACUGACCCACCCCAGUAUCCUCCCCCUCCCCCCACGCACAUCCUACAUUCCCGUCACCCACUUCGCCUCCAUACUCGUCAAACACUCGUCUCAUUUCUAUCCUUAGAAACAGCUCACCACAUGUUUAACAUGCUGUGGGCAACUGUCACAAGAGUCUGAACAUGUCUGUGUGUUUGUGUUUUCUGUGCGCGUGUCCUCCUGCAUUGGAUUUGAGAGUACGGCGCUGGCGCUGUGGGUUCAAAUCCAAAAGUAGCACCCGCCUCAGCACCACCUAGCCACCACGAUGUCUUCAUCCCUCAAACAACUCAUCGAUUCUUUUACAUCGUGUUGUUCCUCCAGCAGGAGCCUGAUCACAGAGGCUGUAAAUUCAAAGCAAUGCAUUUCCAUGCUGCAGCUAUUAAUAUACUUUCCAGUGGCCUUGUCGUCUCCCCUUGGUUUGCCUCUGAUGCAGACAGCCUGUGCUCUGUAGGCCGAGACUCUUCAUCGCCUCAUAGCUGACGUGCAGCAGCCUUAUGCAGUGAGACGGCUCCAUUGCUCAUCACGUCUCUGCCUUUCCCCUCGGGCUUUAUACAUGUGUGUGUGUGUGUGUGAUAUUCAUUUUUGGGGGAUUUCUUUGUUGUAAUUUUUUUACUUUUUGACAAAUUUAUGCAUGUGCCCUGCAACUUGGCAUCUGUUUGUUUGCAUGGUGGGGUUUUUGGGGAGGGGGGGGUUUCCAUUUUUGAGGUGAGGUAGCAGACACAAGCUGCUUUCAGACAUGAGACGCAAAUGUUGCACCGGAGAAUACAGCAGGAAACGUGUUGAUGUCCUGCCUCCUGCUGCUCUACCCAGACCACACAGAACUUUGACCAUGACGUUCUCCUGCUGCGCUCGUCAUAUGUGAAAGACAAACUCCGGAAAAUGUCCAGGACCUAAUUUUCCAAACAUUUUCCCGAGUUCAUGUCUGAAAACAGCUUCAGUGAAUUAUUUUCUUUUUUUAAUUAUUGUUGUUGUUAUUUUUAUGCUUGGAUAUCGCUGACUUGUUUUGUUUAAGAAAGGAAACGGCUCGAGGUAGCAUCUGUCUGUCCGGUUCGCAUGUCACUCGAGAUCCAGUUUUAUGAGAAAAGAAAAUGGUUCUACAAAUAGUGUAACACUAAAUCCCUCUGUGCUUCAUCGAAUUUUUUUUAAAUUACUUGAAUCCGCGUUUUGUUUUAUUUAUAAUCUCACUUCUGUGGCGUCUUUUAAACUCCUCUGACUGUUCAGACACUUGGGACAGAAGGAAGAAGAAGAAAUCCUCAAGGGCUUUUUGAGAUGUCAGUGUUAACAGCAAUACAGCUCCUCCGCCAGGUGCCCGUUGAGUCUUUCUUCCCCCUCAAACGUGUCGCUUUAACAGCCCUCUACCGUAUCUGCUGUCCAGUCUUCCUGUAGCGUAACUGGGACACGCACUGUUCCCUUGCUCCCGCACCCGGCUUCAGCUCGCAUCAUUGCCUGCGACGAUCAUCCCGUUCUCCUUCCUGCUCGCUGUGCGGCUAAUUUUUCUUUUUUUCUGGUGGAUAUCAAGAAGGUUUCGCUCGCCUUGUUCCCAGUCGCUAUGGGAGACGUGUUGUUUGUGCGUGUGAAUGUGAUUUUCUUCUGAAUCUGUGGAUGAAAGUGUGAGAGGUCAUGCUAAAGAUGCAUGUUUAUUUUUUUAUAUCCAAAUUCUUGAUAUUUUUCAUCAUUCGUGUCGAUCUGAUUGUGUGAACAUUGGGGUGUGUUGCUCUAAUGUUCUUUCUCUCUCUCUUUUUCCAUGUGAUUUUUGUAUUGAGAUUUUAUUUAAAUGUCACAGUGAGGUGCAGUGCAAAGACAAAUCUGUCCUAUAAGAGAUUUUUCUGUGAAAGGUGCAUAACUGAUUUUUGUUGUUGUCUUUCAUUCAUCCACAUUUGUCGUCCAGACAACAGACCACUGUUUGAGUUGUUCCACGACUGCGACAAACGGAGUGCCUUUAUUAUCCCAGUUAGAUCAGAGCAACUUUUUCUUUUACCCCCUGUAAAUUAAAAUCAAAGUGGCAUUCCACACGUGAAACCCCCAGUUUCAGAGGAACCAAGAACAUAGGACUUCACAGCUAAAUCAAAAAGUAACUAUUUUGUGUCUUAGCAACUUUUCUCUGUGACUAUCACCAAAAUAGAUGUGUAUAUCUGUGAUUAUUUAUGAAUACAGUAUAUAUAUAUAUAUAUAUAUAUAUAUAUAUAUAUAUAUAUAUUGUACAGCAUGAUUUUUAUUUCAUCAUAUUUGAAAUGUACUUUUGCACUUUCCAGGUACUUAAAUUGUAACAAACUGUUUUAACUUGGCUCCCUAAUCUGUACAAACUGCUUUGUAUACAUAAGUGGAAAUGAUUAUUAAAGUCUUGUCUAAAUUUAA